UUUAUUGUCAAAUUAUUAUGUUUAUGUCACAAUUAUUAUUAUUAAUGACAAUUUGAAAAUUUUUGUGAGGGGUAUUUUGUAUUGAACUUUUUUUUUGUGAUUCAUAAAAUUGAAAAUGGUCUCUACUAGCUAUAACAGUCCUUUAACAUAUGCGAAUUUUGAAGAAGAGAUUAUAUGGGCUGUGAAGCAGAGACAGCAAAGUAUGAAAAGAAUAAAUUCAGACAUCAUAUUGCCAAAUUUCAGACAUCAUGAUCCUUUAAUUAUGACAAAAUUUCAUAAGGUUUCCAUCAUACAAACAAUGGCAACGUUUGUACCAAAUGAGGUCUUAAUGAACAUCAAAGACUUUACCUCCAAAGAAUUCAAUUGUUGCCUGCUAUUAGGGAAAAUAUCAGUUUUUUCCAAUGUUGAAGGUAUUAUGGAGCUUAUGGACUUUUAUGAUAAAGGUGGAAAAGGUGGCGCUAAUCAGUUGACUAGAAUGUUGGAUCAAUAUAUUGGAGCCAUAAUAGAAGAAACCAUGUAUUUUGAAGGAGAUAUUUUGAGUUUGACACCUGAUUCAUUUUUAGUAUUUUGGAAAUCAACAAACGAAGCUAUGUUGAAGUAUUAUAUCCAUUCUGCAAUAAAUUGUGCUUUGGUUAUACAGAAAAAAUUUGGUUAUUUUCCAGUGAAAGAAGAAAUUGUGUUAAAGGUGAAAAUUGCUAUUACUGCAGGCUCCAUAAUAUUUUCCCUGUUAGGUCACUAUAAAUCUUCAUCUUAUGUAUACUUGGGGCAUCCAGUGGAGGAGCUGCAUUUGGCUGAACAAAAAAGUGCUCCUGGUGAUGUUAUUGUAGCUCCCUCUGCCUGGAAGCAUGUAAAUGUUUCUGAAUAUGCAUUUGUUCCAAUGGAAGAUAAGGAGUUCAAUAAGAUUUUGGGAAUCAGUCUGACAUGGCAAUGUGCUGGAAAGAAACCUAUCCUGCAAAGAGGAAGUGUUGUGGAAUUGCAAGAAUUGCCCAAAAGUUCCAGUGAACAUUUAAUAGAGGAAACAGAAACAACUUCACUCAUGAGAACUGAAGGAUUUUCUUUGAGGCCUACUCUACUUGAUUCAAGUAGAUACACUAAAGAAGAUUUGGCUAAGUUUGUGAUUGAACCGUUGAUGAAUGCAAUAGAUGCAAGAGAGCCUCUGAAGCAUCUUGAAGAAAUAAGACAGGUGGUUAUAAUGCAUCUGAAUGUUAGCAUGGAUUCAGUUAAUUCUGAUAAUUUGGAGAUUGUUAACUACUAUUACAAAACUGUUUGCAACAAAGUACUUGAUCACAAGGGUCUCGUUAUGAAAUCUUCUAUAUCUCAAGGAAUAGUAACCUUCAUUGUUGUGUUUGGUCUGAGGGGUUUGACUACAGUCCGAGAAACACAGGAUGCUCUCAGAUGUGCUGUGAGAUGCAAACACGAGCUGGAUCUCUUUGACGAGGUUCAUACAGUGUCUAUAAGCUGCACUACAGGCAAAUGUUACUGUGGAGUUUUUGGACAUCCUUUUCGAAAAGAAUAUGCAAUAUUUAGCAAGUGCCUGAUUAAAUCGAGCGAAAUGGCAGUAGCUUACUCUGAUAAAGUAAUAUGUGAUAGAACCACCUUCAUCCAUAGUAACCUAAACUCAGAGAAUUUCAACUUUCUGGAAAGUAAAAUAGGGAUUUCAUACCAGGGUCCAAUUUAUGAGUUCACUGAGGAUGUUGAUAUGAUUACUCAAACUGUCUCCGACUGGUACCCUAUAUUAGGAAGAGAUAAAGAAAUAGAUAGUUUCUUCAAUUUAUUCAGAGUUUACAUCAAGAACUUUGGGAUCAAUCCCUGUUGCAAUUACAGUAAAUGUUCCUUUAAGAACUGUAUUAUCAUUGAUGGUGUGUAUAGGCAAGGCAAGAGCAGAUUAUUGAGGGAAAUAUCCAGGAGGGUUAAAGAGGUUGAUAUGCAUAUGUUACAAUUCUAUGAGAAUGAUUAUAUGAGUAGCUAUUAUGGAGCAAGACUGAUCAUGAGACCUGCCUUAAAGCUCGGAAACUACACAGCAGAGUAUUUUAGGAGGAAAAGAAUAAAAGAAAAAAUGGGUGAAAUGGGAACUUCUGAGUUGCUCUGGGUUCUCAAUGAUGUUUUUGAUGUUAAUUUUCCAGAAACAAAAAAGAAUAAUAUCUUUGAAAAGGAGAAGACUAAAAUGAGGAAGGAGAGCAUUAAGAUACUUUGUACUAAGUGCUUCCAGAAACCCAUUCUCAUAUUGAUAGAUGAUGCAGAUUUAAUGGAUGAGGAAACCUGGGGUUUGUUGCUGGCCAUGCUGGAAACUAAACGUUUUUUUCUAAUCGCUGCAAUUGACAAAACAAGAAGAGAUUUGUACAGUAUGGAGGAUGUUAUUACUAGUCAUCACGUUCUUAGUAUUCCUCUCAAGAGUAUUCCCCAGAUUUACCUUGCAGGAGUGGUCUGUCAAAUUUUGAAGGUGUAUGCUAUUCCUGCAGACCUAGAAAAGUUGAUUCAGUCGAACAGCAAAGGAAAUCCUGGAUGGAUAGAGAGUUUUCUAUUGAUUCUGCAACAAUCAAAGAAGAUUGUGAUUUCUAGGGUUGAUUUCAAGUGUAUCCACGAGAUGGCUUUGGUAGCUCCUCCUUUGUAUAUGCUUAAAAGAUUGCCUCCGAACUCCGUGAGCUACUACAAGUCCCUGCUAGAAGAGAAGACAUUGCCUUCCUGUAAUGGAAUUGAUCCAUGGGAGGUGUAUGUGGAUAGUUGUAGAGACAAGUUCAAGAAUGUAGACGUCAGAACGGGCAUGCAGGAGAUCUUCUGCAAAGAGACACAGGUUCCUGUCUGUCUCGUAACAGAAGAAUUUGAUCCCCAGCUCGACGUCGACCCGAAUGUGACAGACGAUUUGAAUUUUCUAGAUGUGUACGACCGGCUAUCCUUCUUGGAGCAGCAGAUGUUGAGGUGUGCUUCGGUGCUUGGCGAUCCUUUCACAAGGCGACUGCUUUUCUUCAUGUGUCCGCCUGAGUGUGAGAGAGAAGGUGCUGAGGUCCUUCAGAAUCUAUUCGAGAAACGCAUUAUCUGCUGCGCCAAGGGUGAUUUCAACUCAGGCGGCGACUACAUUCUCAUCAGGGACAAACGCGUUAAUACGGAUGACGGCUACCACGUUCAUUGCUACUGCAUAGGUCUGGAUAUCAAUGACAGCUGCCUUUUUUUGCCCAAGUACGCUUCCUGUGGAUUCAUGCGCUUCAGGUCGGCGGAUUUCGCUAGGAGCGCCUAUCAUAUGAUUCCAGAUGAGGAUAGGAAGGAGAUUCACUCAAGGGCCGCCAAGUUUAUCCGAAAGGAGACUAGGAGGUGUGUGUCCUGUGGUUGUGGCUAUUUUCCUGCCCAGCAAGGCUGCAAUAUGGACAGUACGGCGAUGGGCAGGGUGACGAUGGAGGAGAAGGAAAAAAAGAAAUCCGUGCAUUUGGGACGCAUGGACUUCGAAGAACUAUUUGACUAUUCGACACACAUUGCCGGAAGGGCCACCAUUACUACCAAGUCUAUCGAGAGGGGAACCAGGGCUUUCACACCUGGUCAGUUUAGGAAUACUAAGAGUUUAACAUUCAGCUUGAACAGCGAUGACAGGUUCGUCGAUCUCAGCUACGACGCUAAACAUGGGAAGCCUCUGAAAUAUAUAAGCCCAUUCACUAUAUUAAAACUAAGAAAACGUGCGUCCCUGAUUAGGACAUUCUCAAAAUCCGACUUUCUCUCCUGCGACUGCCAUCUGAUCCUUAACUAUAUGUAUAAACAAUUGAAAUACCAUUAUGCUGGAUCUGAACAAUGGCACAACAUGAUCGUUUCUUGUAUACAUUAUGUGAGGAUCUCAAUGUCCAACAAGAACUAUGCUUCAUGCAUGAAAACAAUAAAAGAAGCUCUUGAUGUAUUAGAAAAUAAAGGUCAUAUACUGGAAACCCAACAGUGGAAGGUCAAGAUGUUGAUCGCCAAAUUCUACAGUUUGAAAGGGGAAGUUCUCUUAGAAUUGGAUCAGCCAGAGGAAGCUUAUAAGAUUUUCUUGCAAGCCCUGAAAAUUUUUGGGGUGCCAUUUCCAGAUAAAGAAAAAACCUUAGAAUUUAAGCUCAAGCUAUUCAACCAAAAGUGGAGACAAAAAUUAGGAUUGUAUUUUCUACCUGGUUCUUUCAUGGGAGAAGAGAAUGACAUUAGUCAGUUGUAUACUUCGAAUAGUAUUUCAGAGACCCUGACCAAUUUAUGUAAUAUUUAUAUGGAGAAAAGGCAAUGGAAAUUGGCGGAAAUGGCGGCAGUAUUAAGUCUUAAAAAUAGCUUGCGGACUGAGACUAAUCUCAUAAGGAUCUGUGAAUCUUUCUCUAACAUGAUGUUGGUAGCACAGCACUUCAAAAAAAAAUUUUUAUGGUUGAGCUUAGAGAUGCAUGCCUUGAGGUACUGCCACAGAAAGAGGAAUUUUGUAGAGCCGCCCGAACUUAAAGCCAUAUCCCGUUUAUAUUGUACAAUUUGUGAAGCCAGAUUGGCAAGAGCAGAGUUCGACUCAGCUCUUCAUGUUGGCUAUAUAGCAGUUAGCAUUGCUACUAGAUGCAGCGAAAUGUAUUCUACGAUUAAGUUGUUAACCCUCAUCUCGAUGGUUCUCCUUGACAAGCUGAUAGUGAACGACACUACGAGCAUACUGCGGGAAAUAGAGUUUUUUGCAGAUGAGAUUGACUACAGUUCAGGGAGAACUUGGUACUAUGCGUUAGCAGUUCAGUUCCACCUGGAGACUGGAUAUAUUAUAUCCCCUUUCUGCUCCAUUGAGAGUUACUAUCAAGGAGAAGGCUGGAAAAACGAUAAGUUCAAAGAGGCGAAAAUGAGGUUGAUCAUCACCAUGUGGGUCUGGUAUUUAAGAAAUAACCGUUGGGAGAAUGCUUCUAUGCUUAAGAAGGAGGUAGACAUGUAUCGACGUCAAACAAUCGAUACCAAUAACCAUGCUAUCGAUUUUCUAUACAUAUUGGAGGGAACUCUCUUGACGCUGGUCUACAAGAUCAACAAGAGAAGCAUCACAGGAAUGAUUGAAGGAAAGAUCGAGGUGAGAAGGUUGAUCAGAAAAUUGCAUCAGGUAGCCUCUUCUCGACUGUUCAUCAAAGCCAACAAUUCACCAUUUAGAAAUCUCGAUAAAAUCUUCUUGCCAGAUAGUAUGACAGAGAAUACAGGAUAUUACCCCCAGCCUCAAAAGUAUUGGCUCAAAUUUCAACUGUAUGAUAAAAUUCAAAAUAUCGAGUCAGCUUCGGAAAGAACAGGCAUUCAAUGAUUUAUCAUUUUAAAGACAAUUCAGUCUACGAAAUCGAUUGCUUCGCAAUGGCUUAUAAAUUGGUUUUGGAAUGUUCAUAAUUUGAUUGGUUAGAUACCUGAAGCUUAAAUAGUGGAGAAUUGAGAAAAGUUUACCAUGCCCAAAUCUUCCGAAAAUUGGAAGACCUAAACUUUUUCAAUUUCAACAUUUGUCGACUUGUCCGAAAGUACCUAGAAUAAAAUAAAGUCAUUGAGCAAACUUCCAUGGGGUUCAACGCCUUCUGUGGGACAAGUUGGAGGCGGAGCUGUGGACAGUUAAAGUUAGAUCCACAACUGCUCAACAAAAUUGGUUAAUUUCAUCCACCAGAAUAAUGCUGAAUGAUAUAUGUAGUCAUGUAUGCGGAUGAUACCAAUUUAGUAGUAGUAGCCUCCAAAGUUCAUGAAGUGGUAGAUUUGACUAGAAAUGGAUUUUCUAAAAUUGCCAACUGGUGCCGAAGAAAUCGGAUUAGCUUAAAUCUGAAUAAGACAGAAUGUGUGUUAUUCCGCACCUCACACAGCAGGAUUGACACCCCUGAAACAAUUGAUCUUAUGGAACAAAAUAUUAACCUAAGUCAUCGUACCAAUUUUUUGGGAAUUACAGUAGAUGAACAUUUGAACUGGUAUGAUCAUAUCGAUACACUCCAGAGAAAACUAAAUUCUGUCCUUUAUGCUAUUCGAAUAUUCGUGUAGCAUGCUGACUUGGAAUUACUUAAAACCAUAUAUUAUGCUAAUUUCCAGUCAAUAAUGAGUUAUGGAAUCAUUGUAUGGGGAAACAGUUCUGAUAUCACCAGAAUAUUCAUAGUUCAAAAAAGAGCUUUAAGAACUAUGCUACGUUUAUCCUCCAAAACAUCCUGCUGAGGAAUAUUCAGAAGAAAAGGCAUCCUCACUAUAACUGCUUUC